UGGUCCAUUCAGUCCAGUUUGACUUUUCACCCUCUGGUUAAGCUAACGUGCUUGUUGUAAACAUUGAACGCGAUAUCCUCUCAAGACAGCUGCCCUUGAACUUUAGGACACCUUUCUCGUUGCGACAUGACAGGAAUAAAAACACAUGGACUUGAAGAUGUGGCGUCUUCCUUGACGAGCUUGUGAAAGUUGACUGAAAGUAACCAAGGAUGGCUGGGGUUUUCCACACCACACUGGCUCUGAGGACAGCUCUUAGGUAUCUGAGCCCCAGCUGCACACUCACAUCUGCAGCCACAGCUAGGCUUUUACCCCCGGGCUCCAGAAAACUGCUUCUCCCAGCCAGCUCAGUGCAGAGUGGAGUCUGCUCCCGGAGGCUGCAUGCCGGGGCAGGUGGGCCCACACCGUCCCCUGCUGCAGCCCCGGACAGGUUACCUUUCUCCAAAGUAACCCAGGAGGAUUUGGACUUUUUCAAGAAGGUACUACCAGGCAGAACCAUCACCGACCCGGACCUGCUGGAGGCUAACAAUGUGGACUGGCUUAAGUCAGUGAGAGGUUACAGUGAAGUGUUGUUGAGACCACAGACAACAGAGGAGGUGUCUCAAAUUCUCAGGUACUGUAACAGUCGUAACUUAGCCGUAAACCCUCAAGGGGGCAACACUGGGCUGGUGGGAGGCAGCGUGCCAGUCUAUGAUGAGAUCAUCCUCUCCACCGCUCUUAUGAACAACAUCCUUACCUUUGAUGGUGUCUCUGGUAUUCUGACAUGCCAGGCAGGUUGCAUCCUAGAGAACCUCUCCAACUACCUGGAGGAGAGAGACUACAUCAUGCCGCUGGACCUUGGGGCUAAAGGUAGUUGCCAAAUUGGGGGUAACGUGGCAACUAAUGCUGGUGGGCUCCGGCUGCUACGAUACGGAUCCUUACGAGGGACUGUGCUGGGUCUCGAAGUGGUGUUGGCAGAUGGGCAGGUGCUGGACUGCUUGGCCACUCUGCGGAAGGAUAACACAGGAUAUGACCUGAAGCAGCUCUUCAUCGGGUCUGAGGGCACACUGGGAGUCAUCACAGCGGUAUCCAUCCUUUGUCCACGGAAACCCAAAUCUGUCAACGUGGUCUUCCUAGGCUGUGAGACUUUUGAACAGCUGCUGCAGACAUUUAAGCUCUGCAGAGGCAUGCUGGGAGAAAUCCUGUCCGCCUUCGAAUUCCUGGACAGUGAAUGUAUGAGACUCCUGAAUACACACCUCAAACUACCCAAUCCAAUCACAGAUUGUCCAUUCUACGUUGUCAUAGAAACAGCUGGAUCUAAUCCAACCCAUGAUGAGGAGAAGCUGCACAACUUCCUGGAGGAGGCCAUGACAUCAUCACUAGUUACUGAUGGGACUGUGGCAACUGAGGACACCAAAAUCAAGGCUUUGUGGUCGAUGCGUGAGCGCGUCACAGAGUCUCUGACUCAUGACGGCUUCACCUACAAGUAUGACAUCUCCCUUCCUGUGGAGAGGAUCUACCAGCUGGUGACAGACAUGAGGGAGCACCUGGGGGACCGGGCCAAGAGUGUGGUGGGAUAUGGGCAUGUAGGCGACGGGAACCUUCACCUGAACAUCACCUCUCCUGCAAAAGACCCCGCGCUCCUGGCAGCCAUUGAGCCCUUUGUUUACGAAUGGACGGCCGGCUGCCAGGGCAGCAUCAGCGCCGAGCAUGGACUGGGCCUGAAGAAGAGGAACUACAUCUACUACAGUAAACCCAGCCAGGCUGUGGCUCUAAUGGGAAACAUCAAGGCCAUGUUGGACCCCAAGGGCAUCCUCAACCCUUAUAAAACCCUGCCAGAUAAUCUACGGUGACUGAUUUCCUUAGUCAUUCUUGUAGAUAUAUCCACAGCUCAUACAGGAAGUGUUGAGACUUGGAUGUUUUUGGCCACAACUCCAUUGACAUGACACCCCAGUUUUGCAGAGUAUAUUCCCAUUAUACUCUUAACAUGGAAUUGCAGAGCUGCCAAAUCACAGGCACAUAAGUACACCAUCUACCAUUCAAGCUACAAACACUGAGUGCCUUUAGUUCAUGCUGUCUUUCAGUGUUCAGGACAUUCAAAAAAAAGCUGUUGUUUCAUUGCCAUGUCUGUACCACGCAUUAUUUUCAGAAUGAUCUCUUGACAUUAUAGCCACUUGAACAGGCUCUGGACUGUAUGAAUCUAUGUGGAGCUGCUGCUGUAUCCAGUGAACUACCUCUGCUACUCCUGCAACUUGCACCGACAGGGUAGCCUGGUCCACUCUUUAGUCCAGUCCAUAUUUAAACUGUUAGAUCCUUAUCCUGUAUUGUGUAAAUGUAUACGAUUUUAUUCGUAGAAAUCUUUUCUUAGAUUAAAAAAAAAAACAGGAGACUGCCAAUCAUUAAGCAAGAGUGCAGUAAA